CGGUGGGGCUCAGUUUACACUCGUACCUGCCCGCCCACCGCAGUGGGAUGAUCCGGGUCUCAUCCACGAACCACAGACGCUCCUCCGGUGCUCCGCUCAGAAGCAGUGAACGGAGAUUAGCAGCAGCUUUCACACGCGGACACGGAUCACGACACACGGUCUCCAGGUAUAGCAGGAGAAGGACAGGACCUCUGUCUAUCAAACUCUGAAGUGCCCGGUUCCAGCUGUAUAGGUCAACUCAACCAUAACCCCGCAGGACAAUAGGAGCCUAACCCAGAGACCUUAGACGGAUAUCAAAAAGCAAAUAACCGAGCUCAUUAGCUCUCUUCCCCCAAGACCAGCUUCUCUGAAACGUUCAACAGAAAGGAAGUUAAAAAAGAUCCAAACAAGAAAGAAAAAAUGCACUGGCAGCUAUUUCUGAUGCUUUGUGGUGAAGAGAACAUCUCAUUUGGGAUUUGAGGAUUGCUGGAAAAAGAUUUCCCCAUGCCCUGCCCGUUUAUCCAAAUGCCUGUAUAAACAUUGCAUGGAGAUAUCGAUUCGUCCCGUUUCCGAAAGAACCCAGUAGAGAAGAGACUAAGUAUUGCAAAUCCCAACAACCGGUCUGUUGCUUUAUCCUCACAAGAAUGCAUAAAAAUCUAUAUUCAUAGAGGUCCUAUAAAUGGAUCCCUAAAAGCAUCUAUAUUCAGAGACACGUCAGCUCUCGAAGAAGCAUCAGACCGGUGGUUUGACCUCCAGAGCAUUUCCUUCUCUUUAUAGAACAAGGCAGCUGCUUUGUCCGUUUUAUUUGGAUGCUUUUCCCCAAAAUGAAGCCUUUAACUCCCAUUGGUUCACCUUCUCCGCUGCGGCUCCUGAACAAGGGGCCUGAGUACCUGCGCAGGCAGAUGGAUGCCGGAAGCAGGGGUCAUUCCGUCAGUGCCGUAGAGCGUCUGGAAGCCGACAAGGCAAAGUAUGUCAAGAGUCAACAGGUCAUCAACACGAAGCAGGAGCCUGCGUUAGUGCCCUGUGCGACCCCUCCACCGGUGCCCCGUCGCAACUUUACCGUAUCCACUCCUUCAACACCCGUUCUCCCGCCUCGAAAUAAAACUAUGUCUUUCUCUGCACCGCUGUUCUCCAGGGAUGAAAAUGAGGACGAUUCCAGGAAAGAGAACUGUCGGAAUGAAUCCGACUUAGAUCGCAACAUUGCAAACAAGCCUCCCAUACCUUCUCCAAGAACUCCAACCAUUGCUCCGUUAGUCGCCCCGCGUAGCGCUCCAAUAAUGCGCAGGAGCAACUGCAAGCGCCUGCUGCGUCCAGACUCCCUGGUCAUUUACAGACAGAAGAAAGAUUGCAAGAGUCCUAGUGGUGGUGGUGAAAGUACAAGCGGCAGCUUAGAGGUCAAAGGAUACAGCUUUGUACGACGGCUCUUCCAGGGAUCCAUGCGCGAAAAGAGCGGUGGUAACGAGACUCAGAAAAUGGUGAUAAACGAGGAGAAGGCUUCUUCAUCUCGAGACGGGGAUUCAAGAAUGUCCUGGUCCAAUGACAAAGACACUGUCGAUGGUGGGAACGAGACUAGACGAUCGAGCAAAUCGGAUCGAGAGCAUCCAACGCCCGAGAUGCAAUAUAACAACACUGGCUUUCAGGAGAAGCAAUUAAAGAACUGCAUGAUCAACAGUUUACGAAACACCACGGGGAAUCCCAACAAUAACGAAAUGGACCCAUGGAAGCCAGUCUUUCCUCAGAUGCGAUCCGAUAUAAAACGCUCCAAGUCAGAAUUGCGACUACACUGCUCGCUAGCCAUGUCCGAGCAGGAACGCUUCUUCGACUACUGUGGAUUGGACCUGGAUAUGGUGGAAAGGCUUGGACCGGAGAACUUUCUAACUGGGGCCAGUUCAGUUGACACGCUUUCGUUGCUACUGAGGAGCAUCGGAGGCGGCGGCGGCGGCGGCUCGGAGCCCAGCGAGUUUUCCCGACACUCCGGUGAUGGGCUUUUCCAGGAGGAGCUUGCAGAACAGAUCCCUACAGGUGUGUCCAUUAUCGAGAGAAAUGCACGGGUCAUAAAGUGGCUCUACAGUUGCAGGAACGCAGCUCAGGAGGGUCCUAAAGAGUCUACUGUUUGAUUAUGAUGCUAACUAAACCCAAGACUUCACGGAGCCGUGUUCCAAUCUGGGAAACUAUGCUGUAUUUAUUUUACAUGAGAGUAUUUAAGAAAUUAUUUGGCUUAUCACAGCCAGUACGAGGACAUUCGUGUUAUUUUGUGUAAGUCACACAUGAAGCUGCGAACCGACACUUCCUUUCAUGACCUACUCUGUGGCUUUGUCAUAAUCGCCCCCUAUACCCUCAUUCACUAUUUACAAACUCACAUUACUGAUAUAGUCUACUCGAAAGAGUAAAUUAAAACAAAAGAGUGAAUUCGGACACUGAAUGUGCCUGUGGACUCCAAAUUCUGUAAAGACUCGGAAAUUAAUUCGCUGCAUUUCUCACAUUGCAUGGCUAUUCUGUAGCGGUCUAUACACUCAUUAUUGUGGUGCAUUAUGGGAUUGAAUGAGUGUGUUUAAUAAUGUCAGACUAGUGCACUAUAGAGUAUAGGGGGCGAUAAUGACGUAAUGAAAUAAUGAAACCUCCUAUUCUCUGUAAAUUUUUCCGUCUUGUUAAAACUGUUCAGAAAUUAGUAUUAUUUUUUGAGCAUAACUUGAAGAACGUAUGAAUCAUUUUACAUUGAAAACCACUAAGCUUUUCUCUGGGGCUGGGAAACCGAUGCAUGAGUGUUAAAUGAACCAUGUGUACCUCAUUUCCCAACUGUCCCAGUUUAGUUUGUGUGUUGCCUUUUUUUCUUUUUUUUCUGAAACGCUGGCGUUGAAUCAAACACACAGAGGACCCCUGUGGGGAUAUUAAUGCACUGAAUUGGAGAAAGUGAAAGAGUGAGAGCUAUAUAUAUUGUUGUGAAACAUAUUUUUAACACUGAGUGUAUGCAAAGAAGUAUGGCCUUAAAACAACCUGAUUUUGAGUUUCUUUAACCUAUGCCAAAGAAAUGUGCUGCAUACUGAUGAUCAAUAAGCUCCAAACCCUAUCGAGCCGCCUUGAGAGAAUGAUGUGCACAGAGUUUGACAUUAGCAUGUUGCUAAGCUAAUAACUUGGAAAAUAUAUUGGGUGAAAUUGCAUAUUAUUAUUAAUAUUUUUCCAGUAAAGAACAUAUUUCUAAUCGACACAUUUUCCAUUGUUUUUUUUAUAAAAAAUUAUAUGUGCUAAUUCAAUUUUGUCCAAAACUCUGAGUUGUACAAGUUAUUGUAACUUUGCUCUAAAUAUUGCAUCCAAAUAUUAAUUUCUGAAGUGGACCAAAAAUAAAAUUGUAAGACUAAGUCAUUGAAAAAACAAUAAUCUUGGUAGCCACCUACUUGAGGGGGGUGGGGAAGGUGGGUCAGCAUAUGCUAAAAUGCUAAUAUGCUAAUAGAUAUGUUUUGAAACAUGGCUGCUGGUUUGAGCUGGUUUAACCUGGUCCUAAGCUGUUCCUAAAAAAAACAGCUACUGCUCAGGACCAGCUUAUGACCAGCACUUGACCAACUUAAACCAGCUCAAACCAUCAAACAUGUUUCAAAAUAUAGCAUUUGCCGUUUUUUCAACAGGGUUGGGUUUGGAACAAUUUUGCCCCCAGAUAUCUUUUACCAGUAACCUAAGCAUGCAAAUAGCUUGAUUUCAUUCCCUUGUGCAUCAAUGGGUGUUACUUUGAUUACGUUGUUGAUAAAUUAUGGAUGUUUGCACAUUUUUUCUCAAUGCAAAUGACAGUUCGUGUGGCGGAGCAUUGUUCAGUAUGCACUUGAUCAAGAUGUUUCUGUGCUUAACUCACAAAAGUUCAGCAAAGUAGAGGAAGACGUAACAGCUAGAGAUCUGCUGGGUGGACACACACUCCCAGUUUGGGAGACGCUGAUGUGUUUUCAUAUUGAAGGAGACCUUUGAAGCUCCUCCCGUCUGAAUGCAAUCAAUCAAUCAGACACUGAUUCUCCUUUGUCGUAAAGAAACUCUCCCGGUCUGAGAAAGAACUGUAAUAUCUCUUCUUUCAAACUUUUUCAUCCCCAACAUCCAAGAUGCAUACAGUCUUCCAGAGCACCCGAAAUCUCUCUCUUGCAUGUUUACAGUCAAUCCGUAUAUGUUUCUAUAAAGAAUUUAGAUUUCCACCCAAAGAUUUAUUACAGAGAAUAUCCUAAUAAAAUCCUAUUUCUGAAAAA